CCUCUGCCCCCCACCCCGAGGUUAUACGUAGCGGCUAACAUGGCGCGUGUGCUCGCGUUCCUAUCCGUGUCGUAAAGAGAGUCCACGCUGGUGGAUGGACAUGCUCCACGGCUGAAGGAGAGACAGAACCACGCGGCUGCCGCACAAAGUGGAGCAAAGUGUCCGGUAGCGCACAACACGGGGCAGUUCCAGCAAGGAGACGGAUACCGGCACCCGAACGUACAGAGAGCGCAACGAGGGAACAAGUUUGAUCUUUUUUCCACGCUGAGGUUUUGUCUAAAGAAAGGAGGAAACGGGAACGAGACUGCUUUUGUGUCGGGGAAGCCUGAAGGUUGUGUUCCCCUCCUCCACCGUUCAAAGCGGCUGAAGCUGGAUCCUCAGGGAGCCCUAAAGUAGACAGCGUGACCUACAUCUUCUGUACGACACUGUGAUGAGAAGCGUGGUGGCCUGAUGGGCUUCACAGCUGUGCAGAAUAUUUGGAAAGACAUCAGUAAACUUAAUUUCACCUUCUGAGAGACUCCAGAGACUCACUGUGUGCAAAGAAAACCAAAGAACUCGAAGUCCAAGCUUUUUUUGUUAGGACAAUAAGUUCAAUGUCUAAGGUUUUCAUGGAGUUCCAUUUAUUUUUAAUCUUCCUGGCUAAUUUGGACACUUGAAACAGUCUAAUUAAGGGAACAAUCAGCAACAGAAAUCAAUGAGGCUCUCUCUUGUUUGUGAACAAACACCUCAUUCCGAAACCUUUGCUGAUCCUGCAGCAUAAGUAGUAAUAGUUGUAUAACAAAACCUUUUUGUUAUACCUGCGCAUCUUUCCCUUAUACACUUUGCUAGAGUUUCACUCUGGCCCCACCUGGGAAAAAUGGAAAACCUGAGUCUUCAUAUUCCAUCCACAAGCAACAAAAAUGCCUUGGAGAGGGACAAUUUUACGACCUAUAGUGAUCUCCCAUCCCCUCUUCCCGAGAGUGGGGCACGGGCAGGCAGGCAGGCUAAAGGCUCUAAGCCGACUGUGGCGUCUCGCCGUAAACGUGAGUUCAUCUCUGAUGAGAAAAAAGAUGAUUCGUACUGGGAAAAACGGAGGAAGAACAAUGAAGCUGCAAAGCGCUCGCGUGAAAAACGACGCAUGAAUGACAUGGUUCUUGAAAACCGGGUCAUGGCCCUUAAUGAGGAGAACGUUCGUCUAAAAACAGAACUACUCCAGCUGAAAUUGCGCUUUGGCCUCAUCAGUGCAGCGUCCUAUAUGGAGAAAAGCCAGCAGAUUGCUAGCAGCUCAGCGGCUGGUAACUCAAGUAGCAAUGGGAGCAGCACAAAUGGCACACCCACUAACGCCGACUUCUCAAGUAGCGGCUACUCCAGUGCAUCCCAGGCGAUGCCGAACUCUGACUCAUCUGAAACCGAACAGCCCAGCCGUGGUGAGCGCCACUCUACGCUUCACAAGUUUUCUCACAGAGGAUCUGUGUCAGACUUGUCUGACGGCUCCUCAAGGGACAGCCCUGAGCCUUUGGGCUACAACAUAAAGAUAGAGCCUUCCAACAUGGAAAUGACAAGACUCGAAAGCACCGGGCCCUCCGGUGGGAUAGCUAAUGGAUUGCCUAUUCGGGCUUACCAAGGCAUCCAUUCCGCUCUGAUGUCUUUUCACCAGCAUAGCGCACCACUGGCUGAAGCUGCCUUAGACUACCAGCAACAGCAGGGCCAUGUGGAGGCCUCCACUGCCCAAGCCACUUCUUCACAAAGGAGUGUCAUCCUAUAUCGUUCUAGCAGCGGGUGUUACCCCGUUGAGAGCCAGAGAUCAGAUGAACAGCAGAGCAGGCAGCAGCAAAGCCAGCAUUCUUCAUCCUCAAAGUUCUCAGAAUAUUCAGUGACCAUCGCCGAGGUCGCCGAGAAGCUAGAGAGGACAAAGACAAUGGACUGUGAGCAGUACGAAUUUUCUGAGGCGCCACGGGAACCGUUCAAAAGCCAACAAAAGCAUGAGGAUCAUCAUGGGCCUUACACUUGUCAGGAUCAGGAGAACAGCCAUGAGCAAGCUGAGAAUCGGAACCCCUUCGCUCCAAAUCUGAUCCACAACACUGAAGAGGGCAUGUCGGCGUUCUCGCAGCACAAUGGCUAUCUCAACUCUAUGGAUGAAGACCCUCCGGUUCUCACAUAUGAGGGAGGCCCUAGAGCUGACGGCUUCUAUCAAGAGAAUUCCUCUGCUAAAGAUACUUCAUCUAGCGACGGGGAUCCCCGGAGCUCCGACAAGGAGGCUUCGACUGAUGAUGAAUCCCCCUCCUCGUCAUCCUCAGACAUCAGCAGCUACCACCAGAAAGCUUUGGCGACCGCCGGGCCGUAUGGAGAAUGCCAAGCUGAAAUCAAAACGACCGCCCUGCCCCACAAACUGCGUCUCAAGAACCGUGCAAUGUCGACCGGGGCGACAAAAGCACAGAUGGAGGUCUGCGUAGGUGUCUCCCAGUCCCCAUCCCCAACCUUGCCCCAGCACCCUUACCUGGCGCUGCCUAGUAGUUCCAUCAUCGGCCAAGUCAGCAGGGAGGCAGAGAAUGAGGUGGAUUACACCGAGGAAGUAAGGCCCAGACCCGAUGAGAGGAUGGACUCCAAAAAGGUAUCCAACAAUGGUUAGUGGUGCAUUUAAUCACAAAUGGGAGAUGCUGUUGCUUCAGACUCUGCAACAAUGACAGCUCAGUUCAUCCUGUUAGCGAAAAUGUUGCCUAGCUAGGAAAUGAUUUCCAUCUACGUACUUUCACUGUCACCAGUUUCCCUUUAUUCUCUCCUACCUCCCACAUGUCCCUCCAGUUAAAAAAAAACAAACAAAAAAACCAUCAUUGACUGAGGGACGGAAUAGAAUGAAACAGAUUCCAUCAAGGAUAUAUCUGGCCAGCGUACACAUUUAUUGUGGCAUUAUGAGAACAUUUCUUUGACCAAAGAAUAUUCAUUUUUCCUUAAUGUCACCUUGUUGGUACAGUUACAGUGUAUAUUGGUCCUCUCUGAAUAACAUUUUCAAUCCUUUGUCUGCACACGUUCUUUUCACUUCUCAAGCACUUAGAUUGUAUAUUGUUGUGACAUACAUUUGCAUAUAUGAGGUAUAUAUUUUAAAAGAAAAUGUGGCAAAAACACACAAAAAAAUCUGUCGAAUGCAGAAGUCUUCAACUUUUACGUACUAAAUUUUUAAGAUAAAAGUAAAUGCCUCAAAAAUUUCAAGCAAUUAAAAAAAACACCUUUUUGAAUGAAUAGAUGAACUUAUUUGAUCUUUACAACUCCAAAAACGCUCCAAUUGUCAUAUCGAUCAAGGCUAUACGGUGGUACAAUGCUGACAAGCACAAGGAGAGCCUUGUUAGCCACUCGUUUGACAGAAUGGAUACACCCUAAAUUGUAGGUGUCUAAUAAAAGAAAUAUGACUAAACUCAAACCAGCAAAGCUGCUCCCAAUUUCCUCCUCAUAAGGUGCCUCUUUUAUUGUGCCGUCUCUGCUUGUCCAGGCAUUGGCUGAUGACUUAUCAAGCACGCUGUGAACUGAACUCAAGCAGCAGCGCUAAAUCUACAGUAAAUCACAAUCUAUUCUACAGUUUGACUGCCUGGUGCCUGCCUCUGGCCACUAUGUAUAAAUGUAAAGUUGUCUUGAUCACUUGUAUACUGUGGUCACUAUUUUUAUUAAUAUUAUUUUCUAUUAUAUUGGUUUAAUAUUUUGUCUAUUGUAUGUAAUUUUAUUGUCCUCCUGUUGUCUUUUCUCUUUCAAGUUGUGCUGUGUUUUUGCUCAUACUACCCCAUGCAAUGAUUUGUACUCUGUGUUACUGUAUAACCUGUAUCGUUUGCCUCAACCUUUUGCGGGAAAAAAAGACAAGCUUGUCCAGAAGUCAUAAUGUAUAGUCAUCUAUACGUCACAUGGAUAUACGCAAUGGGUGAAAAUAUCCUUUAUUUUGAUUGUAAUUGUUAAAAAUGGGGAAGAAUAAAAAGCUGUUGAAAUUUCA